AAUUGCUGCAAUAUCAGCUGUUGUGUCACCCUGGUACAAUGUCCUGGCAGAUCACUGCACAGACCUGAACUCCGCCGAGCAGCGAGCAUGGACAGGGGACGAGAACCAAAAACUUUUAAUUCAGACUUUGGAUUUAACACACCGAUCUGUGAAGAGGACUUGGACGAUGAGGAGCAGCUUCCUUACCACAAAUUUAGCCAAGACACACAAAAAGUGUCCACGUUCAGUGUGAAUCUUGGAAGACAUGACAGACUGGCUGCAGUGCUGCUGGGGCUUCUCGCUGUUGCUCUGCUCAUGGUUAAUGUCGGCCUAGGAGUCCACUACAACAGUCUCACAGACACUCACCUCACACUUGAAGACACACAGAGCAUCAGCACUGAGAUAAAGGGACUCCAGGACACUUACAAGACUGCUGUUGAAACCAUGGAAAAAGCCAUGGAGAAGAAAGACACUGAGAUGAACCGUCAGAAACAAACCCAGUGGGAGUUUGAUCACCAGACUGACAGAGGUCAAGACUACCAAACGCAGAUGGACAAAAUAACCAAAGAAAUUGCAAAGCUGAGGCCCCAUAUACCACUGAUAGGAGAUGGAUGCAAAUACUGUCCUGCAGGAUGGAUUUUGAUGAACUCGAUGUGUUUCUACUUCCCCUUUUCGGUAAGCUCUGGGGUCAAAUCAUGGCAAAAAUCCAGAGAGUACUGCCAGCUGUAUGGAGGAGAUCUUGCAGUCAUAGACAGUAAAGAUAAAGAGAAUGCCACUGUUACGUACUUGCUAAACCAACAAGACGCCAUAAAAUCCGUGUAUGGCUUCUGGUUUGGAUUGAAAUACUCUAAUAGAGACGGGGCGUGGAAUUGGUUGGAUGGGACAGGGCUUGCUGAAGGAUACUGGGAUUCUGGAGAACCAAAUAAUGCCAAUGUUGAGGACUGUGCUUACGUGCAAGCUAAUGAAAACUUCUUCAAGGCUUGGAGAGAUAACAGCUGUAGAACCUCUAUGAAAUGGAUUUGUGAAAAAACACCAGCUAAUAUUCUCUGAAUAUGAGUUGCUCGAUCUCACACUCUGUAAAAAUGUGGAUGUUGUGAAUGUACAAAUGUCUGUAGACAGAUAAUAUAUCAGCAAUGCUUCAAGUUGCCUGUUUUGCAUACAUACUGUACUCAGUUACACUGUCAUAUAUACACUGUCAUGAAAUACUUUUCCUUUAAAGAUAAACAUGCUUUAUAUUGCAGUGCAAUAGUUUCAUCAAAGUGGUUGUUUAUAUAGUAACAGCAUUGAUGUGCAGUCAAAAGUCAAAAUACUUUUUUUUUUUUCUCCGUAAUUAAAAAGUCAUUCUGAAAGGU